AUGCAUCUGAUUGGAGGACAAAAUGCUACACGUCAUCAUGAAAUACUAUUUAACCAGCCAGGAGGGUCUUUGCAGUCAAAGCUGAGGAGUCUUGUUCCUGAAACAACUUGGAAGAUGAAUUUCAACAUCUUGUUUGGUUUCUUUUUGCUCUUCUGUGUCUCAAUUUCAGCCCAGGAGGAAAGCAGUGCUCUUGAAACAAGAUCAAACUUAAAUGGCAUGCUCGAUCUGCUGCAGGAAUUUGGUGCAAUGACAGAGAAACUCAAAGCUGUGGAGGCCAGGCUGCAGGACAGUGAAACCAGGUUAAGCAACAGUGAGAACCAGAUUCAGGAAUUAAAGAAAAAAGGUAAAGUGACAUACUGAGACAGUGAAUAAGAAAUUGUGAUUAUUUUUUGUAGUUGAGAGAACAAUGUUUGGUGUAACAUUAGUGAAACAGGAUUUUUGUCCAGUCAUCUGUAAUUAGUUAAAGUAGAAGAAAACUUUUGAGGUCUAAAUGUUGACAGUGAGUCGUGUAUAAAUCCAGCAUACCAGGUCAUCUGACUCAGUGACAUGUUGAAGAUUAACAACAAAAUUUUAUAAUGAUAUCAGCCUUGAGAGGGCCGAUACCGACAUGAUGCUGAUGUACUGUUUAAUCAACAGCAGAUCUUGAUUUAUUGAUACAAUGAUGUUUUAGUGGACACAGAGGGCACUAAAGUGGUAUUCAGCGCUGCAUUAGGAGGAACAGAAGGACCCCUUGGACCAUUCAACACAGACACAACUCUGAUCUUCAGGAAAGUAAAUACAAACAUCGGCAACGCCUACAACUCAGCCACAGGUAAUUACAGUAGACCUCAACAAUAAGUUUAACUCAUUACUGUAGCUCAUGAAGGAGCUAAAUAAAACUGAUUGAAAGAACCUUCUUUCUUCAGUGGAAUAAAUUCUUGUUGAGAUGUUAGCAAAGCUUACUAAAAGGUGAGGACUAUAGAUCUGUGAUCACCCUGUUGUGUCCACAGGUAUCUUCACUGCCCCUGUAGCUGGUGUGUAUUACUUUAGCAUGUUCUUACAUGCUGGAGGAAACACACCAGGGGUGAUGCAUCUGUACAAGAACUCAGAGUGGAUGCUUGAGAUCCAUAAUCAUCCAUCAAGUGACGUAACUGAUAGUGGAGGUAACGCAGGAUUCCUUCAGCUGCAGCGAGGAGACCAGGUGUACGUGCGACUUCCUGCGAAUUGUCAUGUCUGGGCAAACGAGCGCGUCACAACUUUUAGUGGAUUUUUAGCCAAUCUGGUGUGAAACAGAUCUGUUAUAUGUCUGAUUUUUUUCUAUACAAAGAUGGAUUUAAACUCUAAAUUCACUGAUUGUAACUUUGGGUCUGAUAUAAUCAACUUCAAGUAUAUUUUUAUGAUUGUUGCUGAAAUAAAUUCGCAAUAGUAUAAAGAUUAAUCAAAAUGCUAAAACCUGAAGUGAUAGAUUUCCUGUUUCCUUUUUUGUUAAUGCUGAAUUUCAUCUGGUAAUCAAAAGAAUGAAGGCAGACCAAGUUUGUUCAUACCCUCCAGAGGAUGAACCAUUGUUUCCUUAUACUUUUAAGGUGUCAAAUAUUCUGUCAUUAUCAUUUCUCAUGUUCUGAAUAAAGUCCUCAAAAUUAAAUGUACUCUUUAAAUCCCUCUCCAAACAGACGUCAUGAAGAGUUAUCUUUUCCAAUAUGGGGACUGAUUUUGAUUGGUUUAAAGUGACAUCAUUGCGACUGUGUCCAUGUGAAUAUUUAAGUAAAUCUUCUAUUUCCAUUCUAAUAAAAAAUGAAGUAAAGACACAAACAGACAAAUCCAUCAUGAAUCCCGUCUUAAAAUGCACAUACAAGAAUUAAAAAAGCAUUCUUUGCCUUCAUUUAUUUUCUGUCUACAUGAACUGUUAGUAAUUUAACAAGCAGUUUGAUCAAACUAUUCAACAGCCAUAACAACAACUAAACAGCUUUAACCUGCUUUUCACUCUCAGAUUGAGGUCAGUGAGUUCAACCUGGCCUAGAUUAGUCCAUGGUAAUUUCUGAGUAAAAGAAAAAAGAUUGUAACAUUGGGUCCUGAAUCUGAUCCAGAUAAUAGAGUCCAGAUCUGGGCUGCAGUCUGCCCACCUCAGUUGCUUCCUAGUUGCUAAUCCACUGAGCUGAGAAGUUGAACAACAGAGUCCUUACAUCUUAACAAGACAAGUAAACCAUGUGUCAAAUCCAGUGUUGAAAAUGAACCACUCAUGAGUUAAAGCGAGCUGCAGCCAUAUCGAUUCUCAAACAUAGACGUGUAACGUAGCUAGCAUAAUAUGAAGCUAAGCUAGCAUAAUAUGAAGCUAAGCUAGCUGACUAACCAGCUGAGGGCAUCUGUUUCAAAGUCCAGUAAACAUUUGCACGAAAGAAAAAGCCCUUAACGGAUUUAAUUCACAUAAUCGCGUCGCGCCCAGUUUGUAUAGAAAAAAUUCGCCGGUGAGACAUUCGCCUUUUCGCGUCACUUCGCCUUUUGCCCGGUGAGUAAAGACCAACAGUUCAUGAUUCACGUGGUGUAUAGAGGGCUCUGGUUAAUAUAUAACAGUUCAACCAUGAAAUAUGAUGCUGUUGUUUUCCAAGAGAGGAUUUAAAAAAUACGUCACAUCAGUGAAUGUCUUCUUCAUUUAUUUUAUUCUAUUUUUGACAUGCACAGAGAUAACUCAGGUGAUUUUCAGUGCAGCUACAGGAGGAGGAUUCUCACGGAUCGGACCUUUCAGCAUGAAAGUGAUACUCACAAAAUAAGUAUUUUGUUGAGGUAUUAUUACUGUUAGUUUCCCCUUCUCUAAGAGUCACAUUUUGGUUUAUUGCAACUGUAUUGCAUUUCUUUUGCUGUCUAAUUUAUUUAUGUGAGAAAUUACAGAGAAACACAAAAUGACAUGUGGUUUUACAAAAUGGACACUUGAUGGCAGCACCGACCUGUAGCGUCACUGGGACUUUAAGGUAGGUAACGGGAGCUGGGCUGAUUAUCCGGGGUGAAUGGAGAAAGAGGAUAUACAGCUGUCCUGUUUUCUUGAUUCCUGUGGAAUAAUCCUCAUAUUUCCAGGUCAGUUAUUCAUAUUUUAUGUGAUCACAGAAGUUUAUAAGCUAAAGGGAAUCCCCGGUGAUGUGUUAUUGGUGAGCUAAAAUUGUGUUCCGCGUGUAAACAUUGGAGUCUCCUGUUAGUGCUACAGUGCAAAGUGCUACUGACACACAUUUUAAUCUAGAUGUUUUACAACCAAUAUCUAAACCCUAUAUAAACCUUUAAUAAAUAGUCCAUUAAUAAUUAAUGAAAGUUAUUAAUCAUAAUUUCAUUGCAACAUUAAAACAACAGCUCAUACAUAGUUGUAGUUUCAGAGCAGCAAGUAAUGAUGAAAUAAUGAGUUCUCAUCUGUUUUGGACCUUGGACUUCUGGCAGUUACUUUUGGCAUUAUUUAUUUUUAACCCACUCAUUAAACUUGUUAAAAGUUUCUUACAUAAAGGUUCAGAAAUCACACUUCUGAUUGGAGGACAAAAUGCUACAUGUUACCAUGAAAUACUAUUUAACAGGCCAGGAGGGUCUCAGCAGUCACAGCUGGGGAGUCUUGUUCUUGAAACAACUUGAAAGAUGAAUUUCAACAGUGAAACCAGGCUAAGCAACAGUGAGAACCAGAUUCGGGAAUUAAAGAAAAAAGGUAAAGUGACAUACUGAGACAAUGAAGAAGAAAUUGUGAUUAAUUUUUGUAGUUGAGAGAACAAUGUUUGGUUUAACAUUAGUGGAACGGGAUUUUUGUCCAGUCACCUGUAAUUAGUUAAAGUAGAAGAAAACUUUUGAGGUCUAAAUGUUGACAGUGAGUCAUGUAAAAAUCCAGCAUACCAGGUCAUCUGACUCAGUGACAUGUUGAAGAUUAACAACAAAAGUUUAUAAUGAUAUCAGCCUUGAGAGGGCCGAUACCGACAUGAUGCUGAUGUACUGUUUAAUCAACAGCAGAUCUUGAUUUAUUGAUACAAUGAUGUUUUAGUGGACACAGAGGGCACUAAAGUGGUAUUCAGCGCUGCAUCAGGAGGAUCAGGCGAAACCCUUGGACCAUUCAACACAGACACAACUAUGAUCUUCAAGAGAGUGAUUACAAACAUCGGCAACGCCUACAACUCAGCCACAGGUAAUUACACCAGACUUCAACUGUAAGUUCAACUCAUUACUGCAGCUCAUGAAGGAGCUAAAUAAAACUGAUUGAAAACACCUCCUUUCUUCAGUGGAAUAAAUUCUUUUAAAGGUGAGGACUAUAGAUCUGUAAUCACCCUGUUGUGUCCACAGGUACCUUCACUGCACCUGUAGCUGGUGUGUAUUACUUUAGCAUGUUUUUACAUGCUGGAGGAAGCAGUCGAGCGUCAAUGCAUCUGUACAAGAACACCGAGGUGAUGCUUCACGUCUAUGAUCAUCCAUCAGUCGCUGACACAGCUGAUAAUGGAGGAAUCGCCGUGUUCCUGCAGCUGCAGCCAGGAGACCAGGUGUACGUGCGACUUCCUGCAAAUUGUCAUGCUUAUACACACGACUAUGUCACCACUUUUAAUGGAUUUUUAGUCCAUCAGGUGUAAAAUGAAUCUGUUGGUUGUCUUUUUCCAUUCGAAUAAAAACGAAAUAUAGACGUAAACCGACAAAUCCAUCAUGAAACCUUUCUUUAAAUGCAUAUGGAAAAAUGAAAAAGGAGUAUUUAAUCGUCAUAUGUUUUCCGUCUACAUGAAAAAUUUUUACAUGUAAAUUUUACCUUAACCCUAACUUUACAAUAACCAUGUAAGUAAAUUUUAUGGGUGGUUUAUUAACCACUUAUCAAUCAUUUACAAAGUAUUACAAACAUCAGUUACAACUUUACAAUAACCAUCUAAGUAAAGUUUAUAGAUGGAUUAAAAACCAAAUAUUAAUCAUUUACAAAGUGCUACUGAUACACAUUUUAAUCAAGAUGCUUUACAACCAAUAUCUAAACCCUAUAUAAACCUUUAAUAAAUAUUCCAUUAAUAAUUAAUGAAAAUUAUUCAUCAUAAUUUCAUUGCUUGUUGAUGGUAAAGUAACUAUUAACUUACAUUAAUAAACUAUCUAUUUGCCAAUUAUAAUUGGUCUAUAUGCUGUUUUUAAAUGAUGAUUAAACAUUAAUAAACUAUAUACUUAACAUUUAUAUAGAUUAUGGUUAUUGUAAAGUGUUACCGAGCUCACUGCUUCACUUAGCGGUCUUCAGCAAUGUCAAUCAAUCAAUCAAUCAAUCAAUCAAUCAAUCAAUCAAUCAAUCAAUCAAUCAAUCAAUCAACUUUUAUUCAUAUAGAGCCAAAUCACAACAGUCAUUAUCCCAAGACGCUUCUUAAGAAAAAGAGCAGGUCUAGACCACACUCAUCGUUUGAUGAAUUAUCAAGACCCAACCUUAAGGUGGGACAAAUUUGACCCAUCUCAUCCAACAUGAGUGACAAUGGUGAGAAAAAAACUUCCUUUUAACAGGCAGAAACUUUGGGUGGGACCAGACUCGUGCUAGGCAGCCACCAAUCCACUGCUGAGUUGGGGAGAAACAGGAGGGAGGACAAGGGGGAGAGAAAGAGAGAGAGACAGGGGGACAGCAGCAACAUUAAAACAGCUCAUACAUAGUUGUAGUUUCAGAGCAGCAAGUAAUGAUGAAAUAAUGAGUUCACAUCUGUUUUGGACCUUGGACUUUUGGCAGUUGGCAUUAUUUAUUUAUUACUCACUCAUUAAACUUGUUAAAAGUUUCUUACAUAAAGGUUCAGAAAUCACACUUCUGAUUGGAGGACAAAAUGCUACACGCUACCAUGAAAUACUAUUUAACCAGCCAGGAGGGUCUCAGCAGUCACAGCUGGGGAGUCUUGCUCCUGAAACAACUUGAAAGAUGAAUUUCAACAUCUUGUUUGGUUUCUUUUUGCUCUGCUGUGUCUCAAUUUCAGCCCAGGAUGGCGGCGGUGCUCUUGAAACAACAUCAUACCUCCCCGACAUGCACAAUCUGCUGAAAGCAUUUGGUGCAAUGACAGAGAAACUCGAAGCUGUGGAGGCCAAGCUGGAGGACAGUGAAACCAGGCUGAAGAGCGGUGAAAUCAGGCUGCAGGACAUUCAAACCAGGCUGGAGCUCAGUGAAACCAGGCUCCUGGACCUUCAAACCAGGCUAAACGACAGUGAGAACCAGAUCCGGGAAUUAAAAGAAGGUGUAGUGACAUACUGAGACUGUGAAGAAGAAAUUAUGAACAAAUUUUGGAGUUGAGAAAACAAUGUUUGGCUUGGCAAAUUAGUGGAACUUUUUGAUUUCUGAUUUCCAGUCAUCUUUUUGCUCUUCUGUGUCUCAACUUCAGACCAGUGUAACUGCACGAUUGACCAUGUGCUGAAUGAAUUUGAGGAUAUGAAAAAGGAUCUCAAAGAUGUGGAGGCCAGGCUGACGGACAGUGAAACCAAGCUGGAGGACACUGAAACCAGGCUGACGGAGGGUGAAACCAGGUUAAACGACACUGAAACCGGGCUGCAGGACACUCAAACCAGGCUAAACGUCAGUGAGAACCAGAUCCAGGAAUUAAAGAACAUAGGUAAAGUGUCAUACUGAGACUGUGAAGAAGAAAUUGUGAUUAUUAUUUGUAGUUGAGAGAACAAUGUUUGGCUUCAUAAAUUAGUGGGACUUGAUUUUUGUCCAGUCAUCUGUAAUUAGUAGGAGUAUAAUUUUGAGGUCUAAAUGACGACUUUGAAGGGCAUGGAAAACCAUUUUUCCACACACAUUACAAUCUAGCAUACAUACUCAUCUGAGUUUGUGACAUGUUGAAGAUUAACAACGAAAGUUUAUGGUGAUAUCAGCCUUGAGAGGGCCGAUGGCAACAUGUCACAAUGCUGAUCUAUGGUUUCAUCAACAGCAGAUCUUGAUUUAUUGAUAUGAUGUUUUGUUUGAAACAGAGGAAACUAAAGUGGUAUUUAGCACUGCAUUAGGGGAACCAUGCAGAAGCGUUGGACCAUUCAUGGGCAUGAAAUAUCUAUCAUGAAAUACUAUUUAACCAGCCAGGAGGAUCUCAGCAGUCACAGCUAGGGAGUCUUGUUCCUGAAACAACUUGGAAGAUGAAUUUCAACAUUUUGUUUGGUUUCUUUUUGCUCUUCUGUGUCUCAAUUUCACCCCAAGAGGACAGAAACGCUCUUGAAACAAGAUCAAACUUAAAUGGCAUGCUCGAUCUGCUGAAGGAAUUUGGUGCAAUGACAGAGAAACUCAAAGCUGUGAAUGCCAGGCUGCAGGACAGUGAGAACCAGAUCCGGGACUUAAAGAACAAAGGUAAAGUGUCAUACUGAGACUGAAGAAGAAAUUGUGAUUAUUAUUUGUAGUUGAAAGAACAAUGUUUGGCUUCAUAAAUUAGUGGGACUUGAUUUUUGUCCAGUCAUCUGUAAUUAGUUAAAGUAGGAGGACAAUUUCAAGGUCUAAAUGUCAUCAGAGUUCUGUAAAAAUCCAGCAUACCAGGUGAUUUGAGUCAGUAACAUGUUGAAGAUUAACAACGAAAGUUUAUGGUGAUAUCAGCUUUGAGAGGGCCGAUGGCGACAUGUCAUGAUGUUGAUCUACUGUUUAAUCAACAGCAGAUCUUGAUUUUUUGAUACAAUGAUGUUUUGUUUGACACAGAACGAACUAAAGUGGUAUUCAGCACUGCAUUAGGAGGACCAGAUAGACCCCUUGGACCAUUCAACACAGACACAACUCUGGCCUUCAAGAGAGUGUUUACAAACAUCGGCAACGCCUACAGUGCAUACACAGGUAACUACACCAGACUACAACAACAAAGAGAUUUAUAGACUGCAGCUCAUAAGGAGCUAAAUAAAACUGAUUGAAGCACCUCCUUUCUUCAGUGGAAUAAAACCUUGUUGAGAUGUUAGCUAAGCUUACUAAAAGGUGAGGACUAUAGAUCUGUGAUCACCCUGUUGUGUCCACAGGUAUCUUCACUGCCCCUGUAGCUGGUGUGUAUUACUUUAGCAUGUUCUUCCAUGCUGGAGGAGGCCGUCGAGCUUUUCUGUAUCUGUACAAGAACUCCGAGGUGAUGCUUGACAGCUCUGAUCAUGCAUCAAGCACUGACACAGCUGAUAAUGGAGGAAACGCAGGAUUCCUUCAGCUGCAGCGAGGAGACCAGGUGUACGUGCGACUUCCUGCAAAUUGUCAUGUCUGGGCAAACGAGCGCGUCACAACUUUUAGUGGAUUUUUAGUCCAUCUGGUGUGA